AUGCUUACUGACAAAGCUGUUGGACAAGGCUAUCUUAAUACUGGCAUUAAAUCUUUCUUAAGUUUGAAGUGGUAUUAUCCACUCAGUGAAGUAGCUGGUGAGUACACGUGUGAGGCAGUUGGAGAGGACGACUAUAAAAUAUGCUACUUUCUGUUGAAAAACUUGAAGCGAAAAAAAAAAGAAUCUGUCUCGAUGCAAUCAGACGUCGAUACGCUGAAAAAUGCUUUACUUAAUACCAAUGUUUUGCUGAAUAGUACUAUUCAAGAAUUUGAAACUUUGAAAUCAAGAAUUAAUGUAUCAAAACACUCUUAUUUUAAAAUUUCUGAUGUUUAUAACGGCAAGCGUUAUUAUUUAUCGCAAUAUGAGCGGAUCGCUAACAUGGCAGCAAGUAUGGCUACCUGUAUUCUGUACGGGGGCUAUCUGGCAGAAAUUGAUGAUGGAGACGAAUUUUCGUUCAUUAAAGGUUUCGUCCGAAAAUCUAGAGGUAUUCGUUUGAUCCUUGUCGGUGGCAAUGAUGAAGAAACUGAAGGAACCUGGAUGUUUGAACAUAGCAAAAAAAAAGUGGAUAACUUUUUUAUCCAAUCUGAUAGAAAAUCAAGAGAUUACAAUUGUCUUUUUUUAUUUGAUAAACAAAGAUGGUAUGCAACAGACCAUUCCUACUAUCUUAAUAAUGAGGAUUGGAUAACUAGGUUCCUUUAUGAAAUUCCCGAAAACAAAUGA